GAGAGGGAGGAGAGAAUGAUGGUUAUGGAGAGGAGGGGGUAGAGUGGAGAAGUGGGAUAUCUGCAGGUGACUCUGGGAUUCUGCCGCAUCGUGUCACACGGACCUAGAUCACCAGAAAGACUCCUCUACCCAUAAUGCCUCAGUCAGUCCUGCAUGCCAACCAUUCUCUAGUGUCAACCCAAUGCGAUAUGGAUUAUGGAUUUUUCCUAACUGGGCUAAUUAUAGUGGAGGUCACCAACCUGACUACAGCCAGUCAUUGUCAGAGCAGUGAGCUAAAUAUCAGCACGGCUGUAGACAGCAGGUCUGACUGUCUCAUGUUCCUACUGGGUGUUUACAUGAUCUGACCGGGGCGCGCUGCACUUCUCUUUUGUCAACAGAGAUUAUGAAACUGGGGCCGGCUGGCUGGUUGGGCAACAGCCGCCGCUGUCUGUAUCGCCUAGCCUCACAACUCCCUCCCCUCGCUCACCAUACAACCACCUCCCCAUCCCCCGCCUGCCCGCCUGCCCGCCUCCCUGCUUGCCCCCUCUCUCGCACCCGAAAAAGAACGAGGAAAGAGACUUUUAUCUGACACAGGAAGCCUGAGUCUGUCUCGUCUGUCUGCCUCUCCCAGCGUUAUAUUUGACAUUUAAGUCAUUUAGCAGACAGGUGGGGCAACCACAUGUCACGGUCAUAGUAAGUACAUUUCUCCUCAAUAAAGUAGGAUAUCAUUGGGUUGCCAGGACAGAGAAGAGCUUGGACUGGGCUGAUUGGGUACUGCCCUACCGUAGGGGUGAAAGGGCGAAGAGACCAGAGGUGGCAGAACGGAGUGCUCGGGUUGGGAUGUAAGGUUUGAGCAUAGCCUGAAGGUAGGGAGGGGCAAAUUAUCUUGCUGCUCCAUAGGCAAGUACCAUGGUCUUGUAGUGGAAUGCAAGCUUCAACUGGAAGCCAGUGGAUUGUGCGAAGGAGCGGGGUGACAUGGAAGAACUUGGAAGGUUGAACACCAGGCGGGCUGCAGCGUUCUGGAUAAGUUGCAGGGGUUUGAUGGGACAAGCGGGGAACCCAGCCAACAGUGAGUUGCAGCAGUCCAGACGGGAGAAUACAAGUACCUGGAUUAGAACCUGCGUCUCUUCCUGUGUGAGGUGCUGAUAUGUGUACACGAUGAGUGGACUGGGGGACAACUCCAUGGAGCCUUUGAGCUCGGAAAACCGAAAACGCAAGCUCUCCACCUGCGACACGCCCAGUCUGGGGUGUGAGCGAAGGCGGCGGGAGCAGGAGAGUAAAUACAUUGAGGAGCUGGCCGAACUGAUCUCUGCCAAUCUCAGUGACAUCGACAGCUUCAACGUCAAGCCAGACAAGUGUGCUAUCCUCAAGGAGACGGUGCGCCAGAUCAGACAGAUCAAGGAGCAGGGCAAAGCGUCCUCCAACGAUGACGAUGUUCAGAAGUCAGACGUGUCCUCCACGGGACAGGGGGUCAUCGACAAGGACCACCUGGGGCCGCUCCUGCUGCAGGCCCUGGAUGGCUUUUUAUUUGUGGUGAACCGGGAGGGCAGCAUUGUGUUUGUCUCUGACAACGUGACCCAGUACCUGCAGUACAAACAGGAGGAGCUCAUCAACACCUCCGCCUACAACAUCCUCCAUGAGGACGACAGGGAGGAGUUCCACAAGAACCUGCCCAAGACCAACGUGAAUGGGGUGUCCUGGGGGGGGGAGGCGCCCCGGCAGAAGAGCCACACCUUCAACUGCCGCAUGCUGGUCAAGUUUGGCAACACCCACGGGCCUGUAGAGGAGGGGCACGGAGGACCGCGCUACGAGACCAUGCAAUGCUUCGCCCUGACCCAGCCCAAGGCCAUGAUCGAAGACGGGGAAGACCUGCAGUCGUGUAUGAUCUGUGUGGCCCGUCGUGUGACUGCUGUGGAGAGAACAGAGAGCUUCAACACCCGACACGAGCUCACAGGUAAGCUGAUCCAGAUAGACCAGAACUCUCUGCGUGCGUCGAUGCGUCCUGGCUGGGAGGACCUGCUGAGGCGCUGUAUCCAGAUGUUCCUACAGCACAGCGACGGACAGCCCUGGUCCCACAAACGGCACUACCACGAGGCUUUCCUGCAGGGUCACGCUGAGACCCUGUACCGCUUCUCCCUGUCAGACGGCACCCCUGUCACGGCCCAGACCAAGAGCAAGCUGUACCGCCACCCCAUGAGCAAUGAACCCCAGGGCUUCAUCUCCACUCACCUGCUACAGAGGGAGCAGCAUGGCUAUCGCUCUGCCCAGACUGGUGGCAUGAUGCCUGGGGCUAUGAGGCAGCAGGGCAUGGGGGGCCCCAACCCCAACGCCCAGAUGAACAUGCCCCCUGGCGCAGGGAUGGGGAUGGGGGGUAUGAACCGGGGCUAUGGGCCCAUGAAUGAACAGAGCCACAUGGGACAGAUGGGAGGGGGCUCAAUGUACGGAGGAAAUGGAGGUGGGGGUGGCGGUGGAGGCAUGGGCAACAGAAUGAUGCAGAUGAAUCAGAUGAAUCAAAUGAACCAUAUGGGCCAGAUGAACCAAAUGAAUCAGAUGGGUCAUCAGAUGAACCACCCGGGUCCAGGGAACCACCCAGGCAUGCAGCAUCCUCAGCACCCACAGCAGCACCCCUUCCAGAGCAGUGGGGGGUACGGACUUGGGGGUAUGAGCAGCCCCUUGGGGAGCCCCCGGAUGAGUGGCCCCCAGCAGGGGUUCCUGAUGUCCCCCCGAAAUCGAGGCAGCCCCAAGAUGGGUGCCAGUCAGUUCUCUCCUGGAGGCAUGCACUCCCCCAUAGGCCCUCAUGGAGGAGGAGGUGUGGGAGGAGGUGGCACCUCCUUUUCCAGCAGCUCCCUCAACGCCCUCCAGGCCAUCAGCGAGGGGGUCGGGAGCUCCCUCCCUUCGACCCUCGCCUCCCCCUCCCCGGCCCACAAACCAGACAGCUCCCCCAGUGUCCACUCCUCCUCUCAGUCCUCCCAGCCAAGCCAGCCGGCCAAACCAGGCCCGGACGGCUCCAAAAGCCCACCUGGGCCCGGCGAGCACCACCACCUCCUCCACCACCACCACCCACACACCCAGGCAGAGAGCUGCGGAGACCGGCUGGACAGCCAGGCCAUGGCAGGCAGCAAGGAGCCUGGAGAGGGGGCCAGCGAGGCUGGGGUGGCCAGCUCAGAACCCACCCGGAGAGUCCCAGACAGUAAGGGCCAUAAGAAGCUGCUGCAGCUGCUGACCUCCCCCACUGAGGAGCUGGGGUUAGGGGGAACCGGUCCGGCCUUGCCCUCUGUACCUCCCCCACCAGGCAGCAGCAACAUCCCAGCAGGGUCUGACACUAAGGACCCCACCGGAGGCAUGACCAGCCCUUCCUCUACCGGAGUCUCCUCUUCUUCCUCGGCUUCCACCAUUCAGGGCCCGGCGUUAGGCCCAGGUGGCGCUGCUUUGGCCAAUGCUCUGGCCUCGGCCCACUACACGGCGUCGCUGCAGGAGAAGCACAAGAUCCUCCACAAGCUGCUGCAGAACAGCAACACUCCCGACGAGGUGGCCAAGAUCACAGCUGAGGCAACUGGGAAGGUGACCCUGGGGGGCCAGGAGGUCCCAGGGGAGACGGGGGCUGGGGGAGGAGGAGCAGGAGGAGUGACUGAGCCCAAGCAGGAGCAGCACAGCCCCAAGAAGGAGAAGACCCAUGCGCUCCUCCACUACCUCCUCAACAAGGACGACACUAAAGAGCCCGUGGACGUGAAGCCCAAGCCUGAGGAGCUGGAAGGAAAUGGCCCCCCAGGGGCCACUGCCGGUCCCCCAUCCAGAGGCCCUGGACCCACCCCUGAACAUCCAGAAAGCAAGAUCAAGUCAGAGCCACCUGAUGAGUUGGAGAACCUGGAGUCCAUCCUGGGAGGUCUGAGGGGUUCUGGCUCUGAGUUCUACCCAGAGCAGGGAGGAGGAGGGGCUAAUGAAGGAGGGAACAAGGCCCAGGGUUGCCUCGAUGACAACCUGCAAGGGAGUCCGGGGAUGGCCCCUGGCCAACGAGGGCCCUUUCAGAGGGCCAUGUCAGUGGACGCCAAGCCCCCCGGCGGUCCUGGAGGGGCGGGGAGGCGUCCCAUGCUCAUCAAACAGGAGAAUAUGUUGAGCAGCCCAGACGGAUACCCGGGGAACAUGGGUGUGUGUCCGCGAGGCGUUGGAACAAGGCCGAUGAACAGGGGCAUGGGGGUUCCCCAGCGCUCUCCCAUGGGGGGGUCUGGGGAUUGGGGGAUGCCCCGCUCCAGUGCCAGCCCCGUGGGCUCAGCCGGUCACCCUUCUAUGAUCCGCCCUGGCAUGGACUACAACUCCAAAGGCAUGAUGGGAGGUCCCAUGGUGGGCAGGUCCAACAGUGUUCCUGGCACUAGAUCCAUGCUGCAGCAACAGCUGAUGGACUUGGGAUGUUCUGGUGAGAUGGGGAUGGGGAUGAGUCCGUUCAGUCAGCAGGGCCAGCCCAACCAGUCUCCCUCCUGGCCUGACAGUGUGAUGGGCAUGGAGGGCAACCACAACAGGCGUCAGUUUGGGAACGCCCUGGACGAGCUCCUGGCUCCGCCCACCACCAGCGAGGGCCAGAGUGACGAGCGAGCGCUGCUGGACCAGCUGGACUCUCUGCUCAACAACACGGAUGGCAUCGCCCUGGAGGAGAUCGACCGGGCCCUGGGCAUCCCCGACUUGGUCAGCCAGGGCCAGGGGCCAGAGCAGCACGGUGAGCCCUUCCCCGGCCAGGACCCCUCCAUGGUGCUGGAGCAGAAGCCUCUGUACGGCCAGGGCUACCCCGGCCCCCCCUCCAUGGCCAUGCAGUCAGCCUACGGGGGGAGCCCCAUUCAGGGCCAGCUCCAACAGGGGAGCUUCGGCCCCAUGCUCUCCCAGAUGGGCCAGGGGGGCAGCUUCACGGGGAUGGGGGGUAUGGGUCACCCUCGCGCCAACAUGAUGAGACCCAGGAUGAUGAGCGCCACCAAACCCAUGAGGCUCCAGCUGCAACAGAGAUUACAGGGCCAACAGUUUAUGAGUCAGACUCGGCAGGGGAUGGCCAUGAAGAUGGAGAACCCUGGGGCGGGUAACCCUGUCAUGAGGCCAGGCAUGCAGCCUGGCAUGGGGGGACAGCCUGGCUUUCUGAAUGCCCAGAUGAUGGCCCAGCGUAGCAGGGAGAUGGUGACCAUGCAGAUGAGGAGACAGAGGAUGAUGAUGCUAAUGCAGCAGCAACAGCAGCAGGCGGCAGCGGCGGCCGCCGGGGGAUUCAGCCCCCCUCCCAACGUCACUGCCCCCGCCGGCAUGGACACCCCCAUGGGAGGCCCCAACAUGGGCCAGCCGGGCCCCCAGCAGUUUGGCUACGGGGGAAACUACGGUAUGACCCAGCAGGUUGACCCGUCGUUCGGCCCUGCGGGCAGCAGCCCCAACACUAUGAUGUCAGGCCGCCUGGGUCCUCAGAAUCCCAUGAUGCAGCAGCAUCCCCAGGGCGGACCCAUGUACCAGAGUGCCGAGAUGAAGGGCUGGCCACAGGGAGGCAUGGCCCGCAACAGUACGUACCCCCAGCAGCAGUUUGCCCAACAGGGUAACCCUGGGCAGCAGCAGUUUGCCCAACAGGGUAACGCUGGGCAGCAGCAGUUUGCCCAACAGGGUAACCCGGGGCAAUACGGGGGCAUUAUGAUAAAUGGGGGCAUGCCUGCCAACGGAGGAGGGGGCCAUAUGGGCCAGAUGGGGGGCCAGAUGGGGAUGAACCCCAUGGUGAUGGGACGCAUGCCGAUGGGGCCUGAUCAGAAAUAUUGCUGAACCUGAGACCGAGGCGUGUGGUGGAACAGAAACAGACUCAAUGUGAUCCUUUUCAGAGAGAGGAGUGCAGUGCUCAGUGUGUGCCGGACCAAAUGUACGUGUGAGUGGUAUUCUACUCCCACCAGUUGGGGGUGCUGUUCCUCUGAACUCAAGGACAGUCUCACAAAACAAGACCGAGGACACACUCUAUUCUACAUGCACUUACAUGAGACACGCCAUGACCCACCAACACACACACACACACACACACACUCAAAAACAGUCACGUAUGUAAAGCGGAGACGCACUGUGACACACACACACACACACACUCAAAAACAGUCACGUAUGUAAAGCGGAGACGCACUGUGACACACACACACACACACAAACUGACAGAUACACAACUGUUUCAUUCCUCCAUCAGUCUUUAGUGAUGUAGUUUCAUUAGUCCUCUCUCUGGGUUCUAUGUCUCUGUACUGGACACACGCCACUCGCUGGACCAAACAGACUGAAGCGGGGGGGACACCCAACUAAUAAUGAUCUGGCUCUGACAGACACGGACGGGGGGACGGAUGGACAGACAUGAGAAGACAUCCUCUCGUGGGAUGUAACUAACGCUUUGUUCACCCUAUGGGCAUGGGAAUUCUCUCUCUGCUUCGGAACACUGGAGGAAGUAUUCCCUAGUUCUGGUCCUGAAGGACCACUGUGUAUGCAGUGUAUCCCAUCCGGUCUCUGAAUCCACUCUUAAUGAAUGACCUAAUACAUAUGAUGUAGUCCCAUUGCUGGAGAAGGUGGGAGUUGCUUGUAAUCACUGACACAGGGUCAGCUAUUUUCACAUCCCCCUAAUAGUUCAUAUUAGGGACACUGAUCCUAGAUCUGUGGUCAUGGGCAACUUCUACCUCUAUAAGAUUGCUAUAAGACUAUGCUGAUGAGCAGGCCUAUAGUCAAUGAAACAACUCAGAAGUAAGUAAUUGAGGGUCAGUAUACAUACACAGUGGUCCUGCAGGAGACUGGGUUAAGGUACGACAGAAAUAAAUACUAGUUGGCUGUGAUUGCACUUUACGGAAAGGCUGUCGUCAAAAGGAUUGUGGAAAUAUUUCUUGGUCAUAGAGGCCUUUACCCAAGAAUGAAAAUCUUGUUUUGCUUUUGUGUGUGUCGGAGGAUGGGGACUAUUUUGAUUGGAAAUGGAUUACCAUGACGAUCAUUAUUCUAAAUGGUUAACCAAUUGAAAGGCAGUAAGCACAGAUUUUAUAGAACACUUUCUUCUGCAGUGUGUUGAUUAUGGGAAAGUUAGUGGAUUUCAAAGGUUCUGAUGAUUAAAUUCGAUCCUUAAAAUGUGCUGACCUAUUUCAGAGAGCAAAAUUACCCUCAAUAUCUAUACAACUAUUCAUAAAUGAUCAUUUAAAAAAAAACAUGAGUAUAUUGUAUUUUUAAGGAGGAAUUCGUCAGAUUUACAUUCUUGGUUACCUCAUGGAACACUUGAUAGCGAUUUUUGCCAGUUAUUGAAUGAGUUCAUUCCUAAAGUAAUCCACACACUGUGAAAGAAAGGGUAUCCCUGAUUUUAAUGUAUGUUUAUGCAGAUUUCUAGCAAUAAUCUUUUGUCUUGGUUCUCCUGUGAGGGCAAAGUGAAGCAUCAUUUACUCAAAGUCAAAGCGAUGGUACUGCAGUAUUAGGAUGCGACUCAUCUUGUUUGGAUUUUUAAAUGUUUUGUCUGUGAAUAUAAAUUGUACAUACGCUUCAAAUGUAUUAUAUAUAUAUAUAAAUAUAUGCUUUUGUAGGUCACAUACUGUUUUUGCACAGAUUGUCAGGCUAGAUAUUUAAAGUAUAAUUUUCUUAUUAUGUCGUAGGUCAAAACAGCUUUUAUUUUCAAUACUUCAACCAUGGGUGAAAAACAAGGGGCUAUUUCUCUGAUCAAUACUGAAAUACUUUGGCUCGAUUUCUCUCAGAAAGCUACAACUGCCACUUUUGUUCUCACAGAAAACACUUUUUUUUUUUUUUGUGAUCUAUAAAUCAUACAUUUCUCUUUUUCAAAGACAUUGUGUAUAUUUAGAGAUGCUUGUGUGAUCCUGUCAUUUUCUAUUAAUAGAUUUGUUUUGUUUUGUUUUAAGAGCAAUCAAACACACACAAUGCCUGAAGAGGUUUCAUGUGAUUGUGUUAGACUUAUGAGGGUCCAUGUUUCUUACCAGUGUGUGGAUUGAUAUUUUUUAGAUAGGGCCCUAUGAGUCCAAUGGCUCUAGUACUCAGGCUCCCAAGUGGUCUAAGACACUGCAUCUCAGUGCAAAAGGCAUCACUGCAAUACCUGGUUCAAAUCCAGGCUGCAUCACAUCCGGGUUGUGAUUGGGAGUGCCAUAGGGUGGCGCACAGUUGGCCCAGCGUUUGGCGGGGUAGGCCGUCAUUGUAAAUAAGAGUUUUUCUUAACUGACUUUGCUAGUUACAUAAAGAUUAAAUAAAAAAAAUAAAAAUAGUUCCAUUCCUUAUAAUUCCAUACUCUAUAAUUGGCCAGGCUACUUAACAGCGACUAUGUGCACACAGGUAUGCUAUUAUAGACAACUCAGAGUCGUGACAAUAUCAAGACUGCUUCUCUAGUUUUCUCCCCUUCCGUUGGGCACAGAUGCUGGUUUGUGGUGGUCGGUUUUUACUGUAUGUGGGCAGUAACUAACACUGCGGUUAGUUAUAUUUGUGGCUUCGCUUUGUCAAUAGGAAGAGUCAGCUCAUGUUGAGGAAGGCUGUAAACUAGAGGGUUAUUUGGAUUUCCCUCUCUCUCUGUGUCUGGUUUGAAGGUUAUUUUGGGACAUUUUACAUGGUUUUAUGUUGAACCUUGAUUUUGCAUUUACAUUGUAGUAUUUUGUGUGAAGCUUUGUGAGAAAAUCUUUUAAGACAUGCUCAAUCCAAAGAUGUUUGUUUUGUCAUUCUGCAGUGCUUAGAAACCGGUUGUAGAUGGUGCAAGUACUCUAUUAGUGUGUGCAUUUCUCUGCUGCACAACCUACAUGUAAAUCUGUUUUUCUUUGUGUGUGUGUGUGUGUGUUCCCAUUCAUACACCACAUAGAGUUAACAUGGGUCUGAUUCUGCUGAAGUGAUUUUAAUCUUGUUUGUAAUUGUUGUUUUAUUUUCUUGAUUUUUAUCUCUUAUAAUGUAUGGCCAGUUCAAAGUUGUGGUGCGCGAAACAGUUCUUUCAUGAGAUUGACCACUCAGAAAAGAAGCUAUUUUAGUGGCACUAACCUGAGGUAGAACGUCUGACGAUAAGAGACUAUCCCAUGGACUCUAAACUAUUUACAAUGGCUUCAAUGCUGAAGACGGCUAUCUUGUCUUUUAACACAAUGGAGAGUAUCUUUAAGCUGUUUGAUGGAAACUUCAUUACAUCAUGGAGUAGCCUAGAGUGAUUUUUUUUUGUUUCAGUCUUGAUGAAGUAUAUAAAAAAAUAUUUGCCUACUGAAUAUUCAAAAUAACUGUUUUCUGUGCUUUUGCUUAAAAAAAAAAGAUUCCUCUUGAUGUAUCUACCCUUUGAUUAAAUGGAAAGAAUAAUGGAAAGAAUAAAAUAACACUUGGGGGGGGGUAUACGGUCAUAAUUUCAGGAUGUAAAUUACUGUCGCAUUUUUUCUUACUUGUUUCUUGAUGUUAAUAUUGAUGUAAAUACAAAUUUAUAUUUAAACAUUA